UGAUGUUCUCCAGGAUGAACCUACACAACCUGAAGUGUGUAGACUCAUUGUGUUGUUGUGACCAACGUGGGUUGUUUUGGGCAUAUUUCCGCGCACACGCCUCAAGAGUGAAACUGUGAUUGCACGCCCGACAGUGGGGGUUCAGCUGCACGUGCACGCUCUCCCGUGCAUGCGCCCCGUGUGCUUUAUUGCGGCUGCGCCCUGGCAGUCUUGAAUUUGUCCCGCGGAUGCGUGCAGCGGGGGAAGCUCCGGUCUGUCGCUGCAAAAGUGUUGAGGACGCGGCGAUGCGCGCAGCGGAGAGUCCGGAGCGACGCAGCGGGUCUCUGAGCACCACCAGGCGGACACGCAGUGAGCUGUGAGCAGGGAGCACCGCAGCAGAACCUCCGGUCUCCGGUAUCUCUGAGCACACGCCUCAGGGAAGCUGCGCCCAGAGUCGGUGCGGGGUUCACCGUCUGCUCGGCGUUUCCACGGGACCAGCGGCGCUCCGAGCAUGGAGCCACGGCGGUGAUCCGGUGAAGAAGAAGAGCCGCCCCGGACGUUGAGAACAUGGGUUGCUUCGCCGCUGCGGAGGGGAGAGCUUUGCUGUAACACCGGCGGAUCAUGGCAGGGGUUCACGCUUCGGAUGCGGGACAUUUUAUGGAUCCUGCCAUCGGCGCCCCUCCAGCCCAGGGCGCGACCACCGUGGCGGGGAUCACCGGAGACGCGGCCGUGCUGCCGCCCGCCGGCACCCGGACCUACUUGGAGGUGUCGGCCGCUGCCCACGGCUACGGAGCCGAGGGAGUUUACACCAACGGACGGUACAAGGAGCUCGGCAGCCCGCGGAUCGGGAGUGGCAGCCGCGACAAUUCGACGGAGAGGAUCCAGGCUGCUGGAAACGCACCUUGCGGCAUCAUGAAGGAUGGAUCUAAGCAGAGGCAGGUGAGGAAGAAGACAGUUUCCUUCAGCUCGAUGCCCAGCGACCGCAAGAUCAACAGCACGGCCGCCUGCAUGGCCUUCAUGAUGGAGGGCUGCGAGAUGAAGAAGGUCCGGUCCAACUCACGCAUGUACAACCGCUACUUCCUGCUGGAUCCGGACAUGCACUGGCUCCGCUGGGAACCGUCCAAGAAGGAUUCAGAGAAGGCCAAACUGGAAAUCAAGAGCAUCAAAGAGGUCCGACUGGGAAAGAAAACUCCGGUUCUGCGCAGCAAUGGUCUCUCGGAUCAGUUCCCAGAUGAGUGUGCGUUCUCGAUUAUCUAUGGGGAUAACUACGAGUCCUUGGAUUUGGUCGCCAGCACAGCGGAUGUGGUCAGUACCUGGGUGAUGGGACUGAGAUAUCUGGUGUCUUAUGGCCGCCACACCGUCGACAUGGUGGAACCGAGCCAACCCAGCUUACGAACUUCCUGGAUUGGCUCCGUUUUUGAGCUAGCAGAUAUGGACAAGGAGGGACAGAUAGAUCUGUUCAGAGCCACCCAGAUAAUCAAGGGGCUCAACCCAGGAAUGAAAGAGGCGAGGAUAGAGCUGAAGUUCAAGGAGCUCCAGAAAGCCAAAGACCAGUAUGGAGAGGCAAUCAACAUGGACACCUUCGUUGAGGCCUACUGCGAGCUUUGCACUCGGCCUGAGAUCUUCUUUCUGCUGGUGCAGUUUUCCAGCAACAAGGAGUAUCUGGACAAUAAAGAUCUGAUGCUGUUUGUGGAAGUGGAGCAGGGUGUGGAGGCUGUAACUGAGGACAUGUGCAGGGAGAUUGUUCAGAAGUUUGAGCCGUCUGCCGAAGGUCGAGAAAGGGGCUACCUCUCUAUCGACGGCUUCACGCACUACCUCUUGUCCUCCGAAUGCCACAUCUUUGACCCGCAGCACAAGCGUGUCUGCCAGGAUAUGACCCAGCCGCUCUCGCAUUACUACAUCAACUCUUCGCAUAACGCCUCCCUCCUGGAAGACCACUUCUGGGGCUCGUCGGACAUCAGCAGCUACAUCAGAGCUCUGAGGAUGGGCUGUCGCAGCAUCGAGAUCAUAGUCUGGGACGGACCUGACAAUGAGCCGGUGGUGUACGUUGGCAGCUCCGUCGCCUCGCAGCUGGCUUUCUCUAAAGUUUUGGACAUCAUCAACCAGUGCUUCGAGAGCUCUGAGUAUCCCCUGCUCCUCUGUCUGGUGACCCACUGCUGCAUCCCCCAGCAGAGGGUCAUGGCACAGCACAUGAAGAAGAUUCUUGGCGACAAGCUGCAUGUCGAUUCCCCCAGCAAGGAGGACAACUACCUGCCCUCUCCGGAGAAACUCAAAGGUAAAAUCCUCCUCAAGGGCAAGAAGCUGCCACCCAACUGCACUGAUGCUGAGGGGGAUGUGACGGACGAGGAGGAAGGUCUGGAGAUGUCCAGAAGAGUCGGAGCUGACGAGAAGGACCACCUGAACGGGUUGGGCUGUAAGAGACUCCGACUGUGCAGGGAGCUUUCGGAUCUCGUUUCUCUUUGCAAGUCGGUCCAGUUCAGGGACUUUGAGAUCUCAAAGAGGGAGCAGAAAUACUGGGAGAUAUGUUCCCUCAAUGAGGUAGAUGCAAACAGGUUUGCCAAUGAAUUCCCAGAGGAGUUUGUCUGCUACAACAAGCGCUUCCUCUCCAGGAUAUACCCAACACCAAUGAGGAUCGAUGCCAGCAACAUGAACCCGCAGGACUUCUGGAAGUGUGGCUGCCAGAUUGUGGCCAUGAACUACCAGACACCCGGUCUGAUGAUGGACCUAAACCUCGGCUGGUUCCGGCAAAACGGCAAUUGUGGGUAUGUUCUGCGGCCUGCCAUCAUGAGGGAGGAGGUGUCGUACUUUAGUGCCAACGCUCGGGACUCCCUGCCAGGAGUCUCUGCACAGCUUCUCCACAUCAAGGUCAUCAGUGGCCAGAAUCUGCCCAAACCUCGAGGUUCUGCAGCGAAGGGCGACGUCGUGGAGCCCUACAUAUACGUGGAGAUCCACGGCAUACCAGCUGACUGUGCCGAGCAACGAACCAAAACCGUGUCCCAGAACGGCGACAACCCUAUUUUUGAUGAGACUUUUGAAUUCCAGAUUAAUUUACCGGAACUGGCGGUGCUGCGCUUCGUGGUUCUGGAUGACGACUACAUUGGAGAUGAGUUCAUUGGCCAGUACACCAUCCCGUUCGAGUGCCUACAGCCAGGCUAUAGACACGUCCCACUGCAGUCCCUGACCGGAGAGUUUCUUCCCAAUACCACUCUGUUCGUUCACAUUGCCAUCACCAACCGGCGGGGUGGAGGGAAGGUCCAUAAGAGGGGUCUGUCGGUCAGGAAGGGCAGGAAGGCCCGAGAGUACACCACCACCAAGACCACUGGGAUCAAAGUGGUAGACGAACUCUUCAGGGCCUCGACUCAGCCGCUCAGAGAGGCGACGGACCUCAGAGAGAACGUACAGAAUGCCAUGGUGUCCUUUAAGGAGCUGUGUGGACUAACGCCUGCAGCCAACAUGAAGCAGUGCAUCCUGACCGUGUCGACGUGGCUGAUGAACAGCGAGCGAUCGCUGAGGGUGACGGUGGACCUGAGCGAGACGUACCCGACCAUGGAGGCUCAGGGUCCAGUACCAGAGCUGCUGCGCAAAGUCCUCAACGCCUACGACAUGAUGAUCCAAACCAGCAAAACACUGAUUGAGUCUGCUGAUGUGGUUUACUCCAAGCUCACACAAGCACAACGGGCAGGUCUGGACUUCCACGAGGAUCUGCAUCGAAUCGGAGCGAAGGAGGGUCUGAAAGGUCGUAAACUUCAGAAGGCGAUGGAGAGCUACGCCUGGAACAUCACCGUGCUGAAGGGCCAGGCCGACCUGCUGAAACACGCCAAGAGUGAAGCUCUGGACACCCUGCGUCAGAUCCACUGUGCCGCUCAGUCCUGUGGCCUCAGUAAGAACGGAGCUGCAUCUCCUCAGCUUCACCAUCAGCACCAGCCGGCCCCACACAUCCAGCAGCAGCAGCAGCAGAACAAGCCCAGCCUGCAGCUUCCAGUCCUGUACCAGUUCCAGACCGCUCCUCAGGCUUACCUCCACCCUCACCCCCAGCUCCCGUCUCCUCUCCCUCUGCUGCAAACUCUCUCCAAACCUCCCGCCUACCCCCAGCCUCCGCCCAUGCCACAGCUCCAGGUCCCGCGGUCCCCGGGAAACCUCGACGGCGUCCCCGACAAGGAUCUGGUGGGCGAUAAUCCCGCGGGAUCGUGCUGACCCGCUGCCUGUACCCACAGAGAAGCCGACCCGAAGCCGGAGGCCGGAAGCCAGAAGGCGGCGGAGGAGGAGGAGAAGGUGAAGGAGCUGGAGGAGGCGGCGGAGAGGAUCAGGGAGAUGAUGAUGGCGAGGAAGGUUCGGAGGGUCAGAAGCGAGACGAGAGUCUGAGAGAGAGAGACGUCACACUUCAGCCACACAUUUAAAAGCAGCAUCGAAAACCGGAUGGAGGGGAAAAAGGUCGGAAAGUUGACAUCGCUUCUGUCUUCUCCGGGGGUCGAUCGGUGAAGAAUCCAUCAGAGCAUCUCACCCGAGUCUUCAUCUACACGAAGUUUUACCGUUUCAUACUGUCAAUGUUUUACUGUCACUUUCUGAGCCUCAGAGCUUCAUCAGUACAGCAGAGACUCAUGACAUUUUAGGGUGAAAACGCAUUUGAGUUCUAGUAAAAAAAAAAAAAAAAACUCUAAUUGCCCCCUGGGGACAAAUAAAGUUUUCUGAAUCUAAAUCAGCUUUACCUCCAUCCAGGUGUCACAGUCUACAAACUAAAUCAGUUUUUUUCUUAACAACAACCAUGCACAUCAAUAUGAUGGGAUGUAUCAUGUCACAAAGAGACAAAAAUGUCCCAAAGAUACAUGAGGCGAUCAAAACGACCCACUAAAUGACAAAAAUGGGACAGAAAGCAAGAGAAACAAAGACAGAAAAUGGCUAAAUCUAGUCACAAAGCAAAUAAUAAAGAUAAACUUUAUUGAUCCCACAGUGGGGAACGUUCACUGUUACAGCCGCUCCAAAGAAAAAGUCUAAAAGUAUAAAGGCAGUGCAAGAAUAAAUAAGUAAAAAACGAAAAUCACAGACAACAUUAUAUACAGAUGGUUUUUUUUAAAAAAAAUAGUAUGUAGAAGACAAUAGACAAGAGAAUGAGGUAUCAGUUAUUGGGGGAAGAAAAAAACAGGAAAAACGAGACACAAAACGGGAAAAGAGAUGACAACAAAUGACCACAAAAACCAAAAAACUGUCAAAACAAUACAAAAUGGCAGAGAUAAAACUAAAAAAAACAACAAAAGCAAGACACAAAAGAAGAAAAAUGAGACGUAAAGUCACCAAGUGCAUCAGUUUACCUCCACUCCAGGUGUCACAGUCUAAAAACUAAGUCAGGUUUUUAUUUUAUUAUUUAAAGUUUCUAAAAAUAUGAAGUGAUUUGCUGCAGCCACAGCUGAUAAAACGAACACUUUCAUGCAUUAGAUGUGACUUGACUGACAUCUACUGGUGGCUGAAGGAACUACAGCAAAAAUAGUCUGCUAGCAUGAUAUGUAAAUUCUCUGUUCUUUCCAAGUAGAUUGAGGCAUUUAUUUUUCGUUUUUGUCUUCUGGUGUGAUGUUUUGUCUUUUUGUGACAUGAAGCUAUGAUGCAUCCCAUAAUACUGAUGCUCAAAGUUGGUUAAAGAGGAAUAAAAAGUACAAAAAACAGAUUUAGCGUUUAGACUGUGACACCUGGGUGGAUGUGAAACUGAUUCGUUUUUGUAAUUUAACGUCUGGUUUUUAUAGUUUUUUCUCAUCUUUGUCCAUUUUUUUUGUUUCUCUUCUGUCAUUUUGCAUCAAUUUUAUGUUUUUUUAUGAAGUCUUUGGGAGAAUUUUUUUCUAAUUGUGAUUUCGUUUGUCACUUUUGUCCUUUUGUGUCUCGUUUUUCAUGUUGUGUGUUAUUUUCUGUGUGUUUUUCAGCCCUGAAAAUGUCACGUGUCUUCCUGCUGUACUGAUGAAGUUACGAGGCUCAGAAAUGAAGGAAAAAAUCCAUUUAAAAGCGCAAAAAAAGUCCGACUUCUAAGUACUUUAAGAGUCUGUAACUCAGAAAAUAUUCACAGUAUGAAGGUAAAACUUUGCAGGGCUUCUGUGGAUAAAGAAUCGGCUGAUUUUGAGGCAAUCUGGUUGGAUUUUCGUUAGGAUCUGACCCUGCUGUGAAGAGCUGACGGUCAGCAGCUGCUGGGAAAGCGCUGAUGAGUCGAUGCGCUCUGCUCUGUGGGUACAGGCUUUACCUCACACUGGCAGUUUAAUGCCACAAAUUUGCCUUUUAUUUCAUUUUCACAGACUCCUUAGGCAUGACUUUUGAUUUCCCGAGAGGCCGCCAUGUUUGAUUUUCAGUGCACAAACCGUAGAGCAGCUCCGCGAUAGGCCGAGCCGAGUAGGUAGGAGUCACGUUUCAGCACAAACCAGGGAGCUUCUAGAGCUACAGUAGAAACCGCCACUGUCGAUGUGCUCGAUCACACUGAUGUCACAUGUUCUAGAGUCAUUUCUUAGACUUUAAGUUCUUCAUCCUCACUGGACCUCCUCCAUAAGCGGGGCUUUUUUUUCGUGUAUGACGUCACGUGAGUCGGUGUUUCGGUCCCCCUCGGUGGAGCUCACCAGCCAAUCACAACUGGAACAUCUGGAGAUCGACAGGAACACGAUUACUGCUGUCAGCUGUACAAAAAAAAAAAAAAAAAUCAAUAAAAA